AAUUUUUAAAGUUUUUUAAUUUUUGUUCCCAAAUUGCUUUAUCAUGGUCGCCUCAGUGAUUUUGAUUAUUCAUAUCACUUUAUUGUGCCUAUUUUCGUUGAUGAAUAUUACUGAUGGUCAACCUAGAAUUAUGCAAGGCUUUCAGGUUAGUAUUGCUGAACUUCCAUAUAUGGCCUCGUUGCGUUUCAAGGGACUGGAGUAUAACACGAGAAUAGGAGCAGGCAUGUUUUGCCAUGCGACUAUUAUUCGUAAUCGUGUGCUUCUCACCUCAGCUUAUUGUAUAUUUGAUAGGAAUCAAGAUGAUAUAUUAGUUGUGGUAGGAAACACGUACCUGAGAGGCAUGAGCCAUACAAUGAAGGUGCUAGAGAUCUCAGAUUGGCGUAUGCAUGGAUUGUAUGAAUACGAAGGAUUGCCAUACGAUAUUGCAAUGAUCUUCACGGAGGCGGAUAUAGAACCCGUUGAAGGGUCUGUUGGCUACCUACCCCUCAAUACGGACGUAAUAAAGCCGAAUAGCCACUGUUUAUUGGCCGGCUGGGGUCAAUCCAAACCUUCCACAGAGCAAACUUGGUCGAAUAUACCACAUGCCAUAUGGCUGCGGACUGUCAGAAAGCAAGAUUGUUAUAUGUACACUCGUGAGCCUGGUAUUAUUUGCACCAAAGCGGACAAAAAUAUGGGGGCCGACUUCGGUGAUAUAGGGGGCGCAUUGGUGUGCGGCUAUAAACUUUAUGGCAUCAGCGGCCAGGUGGUGAGUGGUAGCUCUUUAGCCACGUUUACAGAAAUACGUGUCUUUUCCAAAUGGAUAAGAGCAGCCAUGUAUCUGCACUUCAAUGGAACCCGGAACGGAAUUAUGGCACUUCGAUCGAUUUGUAGCCAGAGGCCAGCUAUUUUGGCCAUCAGCCUUUAUGUGGCCACCAACUGA